GGCGCUAGUGGGUCAGAUCUGGCAGAGGAAAAGGAAGCGACUGUUCCCUGAGAUGCUGUAGUUGUGCCAAACCAGGUCACAUGACAGAAAAUUCUACUGCACUGCUGCUACAUCUCCACUUGUGAUUAUGCCCACCACACAGUCCCCUCAGGAUGAGCAGGAGAAGCUCCUGGAUGAGGCCGUGCAAGCUGUCAAGGUCCAGUCCUUCCAGAUGAAAAGAUGCCUGGACAAGAACAAACUGAUGGAUGCGCUGAAGCAUGCCUCUAACAUGCUGGGUGAACUGAGGACGUCGAUGCUUUCUCCAAAGAGCUAUUAUGAGCUCUACAUGGCCAUCUCAGAUGAGCUCCACUACCUGGAGGUGUAUCUCACUGAUGAGUUUGCCAAAGGGCGUAAGGUGGCCGAUCUGUAUGAGCUGGUGCAGUACGCAGGCAACAUCAUUCCCAGGCUAUACCUUCUGAUCACAGUGGGUGUGGUUUAUGUGCGCUCCUUCCCUCAGUCUCGGAAGGACAUCCUGAAGGACCUGGUGGAGAUGUGUCGAGGGGUACAGCACCCUCUGAGAGGCCUGUUCCUCAGGAACUAUCUCCUGCAGUGCACCCGGAACAUUCUGCCUGAUGAUGGGGAGCAGUUAGAGGGCUCAGAGGAGAUGACUGGGGACAUUACUGACUCUGUUGACUUUGUCCUCCUGAACUUUGCGGAGAUGAAUAAAUUAUGGGUCAGAAUGCAGCAUCAGGGACACAGCCGAGACCGAGAGAAGAGGGAGAAGGAACGGCAAGAACUCAGGAUUCUGGUUGGAACCAACCUGGUGCGCCUGAGCCAGCUGGAGGGCGUCAAUGUAGAGAAGUACAAACAGAUUGUUCUGUCUGGUGUUUUGGAGCAGGUGGUCAACUGCAGAGAUUCCUUAGCGCAGGAGUAUCUGAUGGAGUGUAUCAUUCAGGUCUUCCCUGAUGAGUUCCAUCUUCAGACACUUAACCCUUUUCUGCGAUCAUGUGCUGAGCUGCACCAACAUGUCAAUGUCAAGAAUAUUAUCAUCGCUCUUAUCGAUCGCCUAGCCCUGUUUGCUCAUCGAGAAGAUGGCCCGGGCAUUCCAGCGGAGAUCAAACUCUUCGACAUAUUCUCCCAACAAGUCGCCACAGUCAUUCAGUCUCGACAGGACAUGCCCUCAGAGGAUGUGGUAUCUCUCCAAGUGUCCCUCAUAAACCUGGCCAUGAAGUGUUACCCAGACCGUGUGGACUAUGUUGACAAAGUGUUGGAAAGCACGGUGGAGAUCUUCAACAAACUCAACUUGGAACACAUAGCGACCAGCAGCGCCGUGUCCAAGGAGCUGAUGCGACUGCUCAAGAUUCCGGUGGACUCCUAUAACAACAUCCUGACCGUACUGCAGCUCAAGCACUUCCCUCCUCUGUUCGAGUACUUUGACUAUGAGUCACGCAAGAACAUGAGCUGCUACGUACUGAGUAACACGCUGGACUACAACACCACCAUCGUCGCCCAGGAGCAGGUGGACGCCAUCUUAAAUCUGGUGUCGACGCUGAUCCAAGACCAGCCUGACCAGCCGUCAGAUGAGCCAGAUCCAGAGGACUUUGCUGAGGAGCAGAGUCUGGUGGGACGCUUCAUCCAUCUGCUACACUCAGAGGACCCCGACCAGCAGUACCUCAUUCUGAACACAGCGCGGAAACACUUUGGUGCCGGUGGAAACCAAAGAAUCCGCUUCACACUCCCUCCUCUGGUGUUUGCUGCGUACCAGCUGGCCUUCAGAUACAAAGAGAACUCCUCAUCGGACGACAAGUGGGAGAAGAAAUGCCAGAAGAUCUUUUCCUUCGCUCACCAGACCAUUAGCGCUCUCAUCAAAGCGGAGUUUGCAGAGCUGCCUCUCCGACUCUUCCUGCAGGGGGCCUUAGCAGCAGGGGAGAUUGGUUUUGAGAACCACGAGACUGUGGCGUAUGAGUUUAUGUCCCAGGCCUUUUCCCUUUAUGAAGAUGAGAUUAGUGACUCGAAAGCCCAGUUGGCAGCCAUCACUCUGAUCAUUGGGACGUUUGAGCGCAUGAGAUGUUUCAGUGAGGAGAACCACGAACCCCUGAGGACACAGUGUGCUCUGGCAGCCUCCAAACUGCUCAAGAAGCCUGACCAGUGCCGAGCAGUCAGCAUCUGCGCACAUCUCUUCUGGUCUGGACGCAGCACCGACAAGAACGGAGAGGAGAUCCGUGAUGGCAAGAGAGUGAUGGAGUGUCUGAAAAAAGCCCUGAAAAUUGCCAACCAAUGCAUGGACCAGUCACUGCAAGUUCAACUUUUCAUUGAAAUCCUCAACAGAUACGUGUGCUUCUAUGAGCGGGAGAAUGAUGCGGUGACUGUCCAGGUCCUAAACCAACUGAUCCAGAAGAUCCGAGAGGACCUACCCAACCUAGAGGCCAGUGAGGAGACGGAGCAGAUCAACAAGCACUUCCAGAACACACUGGAGCACCUGCGCCUGCAGAGGGAGUCCCCUGAGACGGAGGGCCCGGCGUACGAGGGCCUGCUCCUAUAGGCUGCACACGUCACCCACACCAUACAUGUGACUCGGGCUUGGCAUUAACUACAGACAGGGGUCAAAUGUCGGUAGAAUAUUACACAUUUAGUCACUGCACACUUGGACGGUUGAAUUUUUAACUUUCAAGGUUGGAUAUUUUUCUGAGCUGAGACAAGUUAAGGAUUCAAUUGGGGGAAAAACAAGAACAAGCAAUUUAUGUUGGAUUAGAUUUAUCUCAACUACUUUAGAAUAGUGUUGUCAGGGGUAUUGGAAAUAAGAUGUGUGUAUAUAUAUAUAUAUAUAAUAUAAUAAAAGUAGUAUCAAAACCAAGACCACAUGGUAAUAUAAAAGAAAGGAGAACUAUUAUUUAUCGUUGAAAAUCACAUUCUGUUAUCUAAAGAGAACAAGCAGAGUCUGAACUCCCUGUCUGCUGCCCCACUAAGGAGAAAAGCAGUUGAAAUGAGGUCAAAAGUAAUAUCUGCUAAGUCUAAAUUUAGAAUGCAUCUUGGUGAAGGCAAUUGAGCAACUGAAAAUAUUACCUUGUGGCAAAAAAAACAAACUUAAAGGGUAAAGAGGUUGUAUAAUCCAAUUAUUAUUAUUUUAAGCUUUGUACCAUAUUAUAAUGUUCACUCAUCAAAAACAUGCCUGAGGAGGUUUCAGCUGUCAUCCAGGCAUGUUUGAAUAUUUUAGUGAUCUCUCCUAGGCACUAAUCGAACCCUUCUUACUGUUGGCUGUAAGAUUCUGUCCAAUUCACAGCCCAUAAUCCUACGUCACCCAUGCUCCCACAUGACAACUCUCUAUAAAUAUACAGAAGUAUGAUACAAAACUGUACACAAUAACUUGAAAAACCUUAUGCGAUGUGCAAAGGGAGGGGAGAAUAGAAUGUCAAAUAGAAAGUGAAAUUUAGAAAAUAUGUUAAUGUUGUUUUUGGUGAAAUAUAGUAUUUUCAAAACAUUAAAAGGUAACAUGGUGAUUUAAAUAUGUUGUGUGUUAGCACUUAAUACCCCAUAGAAGUAAAAUACACCCUCUUUAACAAAGUUUCAUUGUUUUAUAGUAAGAAGUACAUAUAUAAUCCCUGCAAGCCUACGAAACAAUGGCUAGUAACUGGUGGUAUGUAUUGAUGGAUCAUGAUUUUCAAUUCAAUUCUCUUCUCAAAUAAUUAUCGCUUUCAAUUUUAAUUUAAAGAACAAACGAGACCUUUAUAACACUAUUUUCUGAUCUAGGUUUCCUCAUCAAAAGCAUACCCAUUAUUGUUUUGUUUUGUUUGAUUCACAUGUUGAACUCACAAAUCCUGCAUAUUUAGGCUGCGUUCUUCUCUCAAACAGAAAACGUGCUGUUCCACUUGUGAUGUUAUGUAAAACAGGAAGUGCUCCACUGUCUUUUUAAACCUGAUACACCUUCUCUACAUUUAUUGGAUUAUUAUUUCAGGCCUGGAAUUGCCAAUCUCUACUAAACAAAGCAUAAAACGUAGCUGUCAACUUGAAAACUACCACUUAAUGACAUCACAAGGCGGAACAGAGCAUUUUGAGCUCACUGACCAUUUGAAACGAGUGGAUCUAUUAAAAUUCUAUCAAUUGCACAGCUGUUAGUUUAUGCCAAGCCCUGUAUGUGACACCCAACACUAGAAUAUGAUUCCAUCCUCCAAGUCGCGUGACAGGUCGAUCCCACUGUGCACCCUUGGUCCCGUCUGGUCAUCUCGUCACUGUCCCCUCUCUCUCUCACACGUGUCCAUUGCACAUGUCUAACCUCUGCGCUUACAUGUCAUCUCCUCCUCUUUAUGUAUCCUCCUUGUUUAUGUGUGUCCUGGACAUCGAGAGUUAGUUAGAGCGCAGCUUGUUUUGUUUUCGCUGGAGAAUUAUUUACUAUUCAUUCAGUUUUAUUAUAAAUUGCCUAAAUGCUUGUAAAACAGAUUACAAAUAAAUAGUGAUUGAAUAGUGAAAUUAUUGUCAUGUAAGUGAAAUAAAGUUAUCCAAU